UUGUUACCUUCAUAUCAGUGCUAAAAGUCGAAGAAACAAGUCGAUGUUUUUUCUCCGAGAGAUUUUGAGCAUGGAAAUAGCUGCCUGUAAUGAGCUGUGGUAUUGCUGUCUUCUCUGCUGAUUGUCUUCGUUAUUCAUAAAUCAUCGUUCGAGAUACUCACUUUCGAAUCGCAUGACGGGAAGAUGUUAACCACCGUCGCAAUCGUGUUGGUUCUAUCUCUUCAUGUUGGGAGAAGUUGUGCCCUUGUAACCGAACAAGAUAAUACUUGUUUAAACAGUUAUUCUUGGAGCGCAAGAGGGAAUGGCGAACCAGUAUACCAGUACAUGGUAACAGAAACAACAGAACACUGUUUAGAUUGCCAGUUGGACGACAUCGUUCGGAAAACUAACACGGAACAUGCAGAAAAAGUUUAUGAAGUGAAGACUGGCUUCUACGGGGCCAUGGAAGAUAACGGGGACGUCAUCACUUGUCUAAAUAUCACAUUUGAAAUCAAUCGCCAUAGCGCUUCCAAUCUUGAAGGAUUGUUAUUCACCCUCGAAGAUCAUUGGGAUGGUGAUUAUGAAGAGUGCUUUAGACUGAACUUUACAACAAGAUUGACCAGUUCAUCUCUCUUUGACACCACAACUGAGAACAGAAAUAGGCUUUUUCAUUUCGACUGCUUCUGCGAUCUGAAGAUAAGUGACGGCGGACCUAAUUACGAUUACACUUUGAAAAUCCGUUCUCUACCAUUCCAAAAUGAGAAUUGUACCUUGGUAGAUGAUCAGACCGUCACAUCAUAUGUCAAAGUACCUGUUUGUGACGAUCCUGUAAGAACGUGGACGGAUAAAUAUUGUCAGAAGAAACAAAAAGCAGAGACAUGGAACCCUUUUAUUGCAUUUUACCAAGCCUUCCCAAAAUACAACACCUUAAGACUGACCUUCGAACCUGCACCUCCUUAUUAUCUCAUAACUCAAUAUGAGAUUUACAUACUCAACAUGAUGAGACAAUUUAUUGUCGAUGGACAUAUCAUCUACGUGGCUGAUUUGAAUAUAACUCCUGUUGAGGUUGAUGGCUCCAGUGUGAACGCUACAUCCAGGGACUAUGCUGAUGUGAACGCGAAACCAGGAGAUAGCAUUACUGUAACGAUUAUAGCAAAGAAUGGUAUACGUGAGGUGUUCCGCAGAGUAGGUCCCGUUCUCAUAUUUCAAGAGACAUGGAACCCUUUUAUUGCAUUUUACCAAGCCUUCCCAGACUACAACAUCUUAAGACUGACCUUCGAACCUGCAGCUCCUUCUUAUCCAAUAACUCUAUAUGAGAUUUACAUACACGACAUGAUGACAGGAUAUUCUGUCGACGGACAUAUCAUCUACGUGGCUGAUUUGAAUAUAACUCGUGUUGAGGUUGAUGGCUCCAGUGUGAACGCUACAUCCAGGGACUAUGCUGAGGUGAACGCGAAACCAGGAGAUAGCAUCACUGUAACGAUUAUAGCAAUGAAUGGUAUAGAUGAGGUGUUCCGCAUAGUAGGUCCCGUUAUCAUAUUUCAAGAGAAUCCUUGUGACGUCAACACUUGUGGACCUCUUGGAUCCUGCAUUCCUCUUGGUCAUGAUUACUAUUGUAAGUGUCAAGAAGGGACUGUUAACCUGAGCAAUCACACUUGUAUCCGGGACCCUUGUGAAUCAAACACCUGCGAGCCUCUCGGUUCUUGUAUUCGUCUUGGCGAUGAUUACUUCUGUCAGUGCCAAGAAGGAGCUCUCAACAGGAAUAACCACACGUGUAUCCAAUCCACUGACCAAGCUCGGGAUAGUUCAUGGCAGGUGAUCACUGGUGCUGCCGUUGUGGGCGCUCUGGUGGUCUUCAUCCUUAUUGCUGUCGGUCUAUACAGAAAACAUCACAGAAAACAUCACAGACGAUUCUCAGAUCCGAUUGAACCUGUAUGUUCCACUAGUUCUACUAUACCCAUUAUUUCUGAUGCCCAAACUUCAGAUGACGUCCUCUUUGCCUAUCCCGAAGAAAACUCUGAGUUUGUUAAACUUGUUGAGAAGCUGGCAAUAUAUAUACUGCGUCGUGGUGGCAUUCAUCCCGUCCUGCCAUCACAGCACACUCUGGAAAUGGGUAAACAGGGGCAAGAACUUUGGCUUGAGACGACAUCAACUAGGGCAAAGAAGAUUCUCUGGAUUUGUUCCGCACAGAUGACUGAAUCAAAAUUUUCUAAUUUUGAAAAACUUUUAACACUCACCAAAGAUGACCGGGAAGAAAGGAAAGACAAACAUGUCGUGUGCUUCUUCUCUGAUGUGUCUUCGAGAACGGACGUGCCGCGGAGAUUAGGGGAUUUCAAAAGAUUCAACCUGUUAGAAGACCUGGAAUCAAUGUGCUUCUAUUUAAAGGAUAUUGAGAGGCAUACAUUGUAUUACAGUGAAAGCAUGCCUUACAUCUCAGGGCUUGAACCAUCUGCAGAAAGAACUGCUCUGGAAGAUGCCUUAGAAGAAUGGGCAGGUAAUCGUCAUAAAGAGUCGCAGCCUUUUAUUUUCAAAGACUCUGGAUUUACUAGUGAAGAGCCGACGUUUGCUGGGCCAUUCUCCGCGGAGGAUGGUGAUCUCAAAACAAUGGCUGAUGCUUGGAUAGGCCUCACAACACUAUCUCUUCAAGAUGAAUCCGAUAGCUAACCGGGGGAAUUUACAAUUCAAGUGUCUGAGUAGGUAACCUCCAAAGCACCCAUUCACCAGUUUAGAGAUAUUCACAAGUACUUGUUCUGAGAGAUGUACUAACAAUUAGAGUUAUAAUUGUACAUGUAUGACAGUAUAUUAUGCCCAUUCCCAGUUCUGACACUUUCUGAGUGAGUAUUUUAGACUUUAUGUGUCAUUCACGAUGCAAAGAUGAAAGAUAAAGUGUAUCAUGACUGAAAAUGAAAUAAAAGAUCAAAAGGCAAUCAAAUAAGAGCAUAAAGGUUCGGUUUUAACACGAAAGCAACCUCUAAUUCUUUGAUCGAUAUUUAAAAGGAUUUCUGUAUGUACACAAUAAUACAUAAUCUACAUGUAUUAUCAUAAUUAUCUUCAUCAGGAUCUUUGCUCUUUUUUGUCGAUAGAGGUGUUGUGGUUUAGUCUCCAGACAGUGAACCCCGAGGUACGGGGUUCGAAUCCCUAUCGCAGCACUAAUGUCCUAAUGGCCAGACAUUCAUCUAUGCACUUGCGGACUUGCCACACCCUACCCAUGUGAGGUAAAUGGGUACUUGGCAGGAACAAGUUCCACAAAAUUAUAUACGAGAGCCGUAAUGGCAGCUGUUUAAAUCCAGGGUAAUGAUAAUCGACCACCAGGAGUUAUUAUUAUUAUUAUUAUUAUUAUUAUUAUUAUCAUCAUCAUCAUCAUCAUCAUCAUCAUCACUAGUAUCAUUAUUCCUAUUAUAAUGAUGAUGCAGAGGAGGAAGAGGAUGGGGAUGAUGAAGAUGAUGAUGAUGAUGAUGAUGAUGAUUAUAAGAUGGAUACCAGUAAAUGCAGCUAUAGAAUAUAGUCUCACCAGUUAACAUGUCUCAUUCUAGUUUCUUUGGCAGAUACAUUUUUUUCAUUUUAUAUAUUGUAUUUUGAAAUUAGUUUUUGUAGCUGUAAAACAUUACCAAUAGUAAAAUGUUAAAAGUCAAUUCUUAAUUGCACGGUGUUAUUCUAUGUAGACAUUAUUUAUUUUGUGUACGAUGUGUAGUAUAGGUAGGGGUCUUAACAUUUCUAAAAGCACCGAGUACAUGGAUUAUCAAUAAUAAUACAAUAAUAAUA